GGGCGUGAAAGCCAAUCCGGCCAAUCCCGUUUUUUUAUUGAAUUUGACAUGUGAAAGAAGAUUUUUUUGAUAAAGACCGAGAUAAUAAAGUUAAUCUCUAUGAAAUCGUAGUAAAAUAUUUAUUCUCAGGGAAUAUGUGUUGUGAAAUAAAAGUAAACAUUCGCCUAGAGGUGAUAAUUCCGACAGUUUGACAGUUCAUCACUUUUUGAGAUUAUCAUAAUAAGUGACGACAAUAUGAAAUUAAUUAUUUUUAAUUUACAAUUUAAGGAGUUUCAGUAAUAAGAAGAAAUUAGAUGUUCGUAAAUGUUAAAGGACCAUGGAUUACGAAUAUAUGCCCUUUAGGGAGAAGGAUAUCCAUAAUCGAUGCUGUGGUGGAAAAUUUUGGUGCAUUAAGGAUAUAUGUGGAAUUAUUUGUGCUGUACUUACAUGGCUUUUAAUAAUUUACGCAGAAUUUGUAGUUGUGGCCGUUAUUCUCAUUCCUACGAUAAACACAUUUUAUUCGAGUAUCAAUAUGGCAAUUUUUCAAGGCUUGGCAUUUUUAGCAUUCACUGCUCACCUUAGAACAAUGUUUACAGAUCCCGGAGCAGUGCCAAAAGGAAACGCGACCAAGGAGAUGAUUCAGCAAAUGGGCUUCAGGGAAGGACAAGUAAUUUUUAAGUGUCCAAAAUGCUGUUCCAUUAAGCCCGAUAGGGCGCAUCAUUGUUCUGUUUGCCAAAGAUGUAUUAAAAAAAUGGAUCAUCAUUGUCCAUGGGUCAACAAUUGUGUGGGAGAAAACAACCAAAAAUAUUUUGUACUUUUUACGUUUUAUAUUGCGGGAAUCUCGUUGCAAUCGUUGCUUCUCUGCAUUCAUCAAUUUACAACUUGCGUGAGACAAGAGUGGAGAGAGUGCACGACAUUCAGUCCUCCAGCGACAGUGGUGUUACUUUUAUUUUUGUCAAUUGAAGCUCUGCUGUUCGCCAUUUUUACUGCUAUUAUGUUGGGAACACAAUUACAAGCUAUUUGGAAUGACGAGACGGGUAUUGAACAAUUAAAAAAAGAGGAAGCUCGAUGGGUACGAAAUAGUCGAUGGAAAUCGAUACAAGCAGUUUUUGGAAGAUUUUCGAUAGCAUGGUUCUCGCCAUUUACAUCGCCGCCAAAUAAAAAGAAGACGGAUGCUUAUUUGUAUUCCGUUUGAAAAUUUUAUU